GAAGAUGUGGCAACGAUUUGGCAUUCAUGUGACACUGAUGCUCGUCAUCGUCCUGGCGAGCACACACUCGGCUGUCAUACGCCCAGCAGAGCCAGUGGAGACGACAACAGCAAACACAUUGCACGAUGCCGAGGAGACGACGACAAUGGCGACGGUGGAGAGCAGCACACCACAGUUUGCAGUGAGUCGCGACAAGGAUGCGACUGUGCAAAUAGAACUUGAGGCUAGUGUAGAUCCAGCGCCAGGUACAGUGGAAGGCGAUCUGAAUGUGAGGCUGGACAGGCAGCCGCAGAAGUCAGCCAAACUGUUGCUAUUGAGCACGCCCGCCAAGCGACCCGCUGAGGUGGAACAGCAGUUCGAGGAGCCGGAUGAAAGCGAGACCGCAGCUGUUGGCAGUUCGGAGGCCAACGUGCCGACCACAACGCCACAGCAGCAGGAGGAGCAAUUGGAUAACACCAGCACCACGGAGCACACAGAGACAACAACAGAGGCGGCAGCAGCAGUCACUACAGCAGCAACAAUUGACCGCAAAGCAACAACUGCAACAACAACCAAAUUGUUUGCCAUUGAUGCGACAAUAUCCUCGAAGGACUCGUCUGAGCCGAACGUCGCUGUUGCCGUUGCCACAGACAAUGCCACAAUUUCGAUUGCCGAGCAGCCGCAGCCAGCUGGCAACAACAAUGUGGCCAUUGAGUUGGCCCUCGUUGAACCUGAGGCCGAGUACGUGCUGCUCGACACAAGCCCGGACCUGGCAUCCGUCUCCGUCUCGUCGGUCACACAUGAUGAACUGCAGCUGGGCAGCUUCACGCACAUUGACAGCGAUGCUCACUUGCAGCCUGUGGUGCAUUCUGUGGAAAUCGUGCCCACUCGCUUCGAUGACCCCCUCAUUGUCAAUUAUGUGCACAAUUUCCGCUGAUUCUCUCUCCACGCAGCUAAGCAAAAUGGCCACAUCCAUCGCUGUGACCGCAAAGUUAAUGUUUGUUUUUAUGUUUUACACAACGAAAUACAUUUAACAGAAUUAGUUUUAGGCAAUUAACAAUCGAAAAUUUAUUAAAGAAAAACAUUUACUACUCUGAGAAAAUUGUAUUUG